AUGGCUUUGCUAUUAAUAUAUCCUGCCAUUACUGCACUUGCAUUAUUUGUGAUGAUGGUUAUAAUUCUAAUUUUAAAAUUUGGGUACUUGUGCAAACUUCGGCACACUACAUUCGCAGAGCCUGAAUAUUGGAAUGAAGAGGUAGCUUAUGAGCAGAAAGUGUCUUACGCUUAAGCAAGAAUGACAAGCGAAUUAAAUGAUCCGUCCUUUUUUUACUUUAAUACUUUUAAGCAUUUAUGUGGCAAUUACUAUUAAGGAAAAAUGUAUUAUGAGGUAUAUGUUUGCACACUAUUUUAUAGUAAAGAUAACUAGGUGAAUACAGAACAAAAAUCCAUCUAUUUUUGUUCUGUACCUAUUCUAAUGUAUUUACAAUUACAAGCUAUUUUGAAGUGAAUUCACUCAAAUGAUGUGUUCAUGAAAAGGAAAUAUUUGUUAAGACUGAAUAAUAAUAUCAGUGCCUUAAUCAUUUUAUGUAUUUAAACUCACCCAAUUAAUUAUAAAUUCUUAUUUUUAUUAUAAUGCAAUCCAAUUAACCAUGACUUAUUUUAUUCCUUAAUCUCUCAAUAAAAAUUUGAAUGUUGAA